GCCAAGGCAGCAACCGUCCCCGGUCAUUUCCAUUUCUGUAAAUCAAAAAGAGAUCUUUCUUCUCCACUCUACUACUCUAAGCUGUGAUCUACUGAUCUCAUUUUCCAUUUCUUUCUUCUCACGUCACAGAUUCUCGAUCCUUCACCAAAUUUAUAACUAUUUGUAAUAAAUAAUGACAGAUUCUUUCAGAUUCCAACACCGUAAACUUGAAUACAAGCGUUUGGUUCCAUCAUUUUUGUCGUCUCACCGUACUCUUCUUACUCUUCUUUGGACCGUUGGAUUUAUUCUGAUGGUCGCUUGGCAAAGGACAGCUGUGGAUCGCCUUCUGAUGUAUCGAGGUUGGGGCCCACCUCCUCGGCCCAUCCCUAAGCUACGGCCUCUAGUCUUAAAUCUCUCCGAUUUCGGAGCUGUUGGCGAUGGCGUCACUUUAAAUACAAAGGCAUUCGAAAGGGCAAUAUCGGAAAUUCGAAAGCGAGGUGGCGGCCAGCUCAACAUUGAGCCUGGUUAUUGGCUCACGGCGCCGUUUAAUCUCACUAGCCACAUGACGCUCUUCUUAGCUGAAAAUGCCGUUAUACUUGGAAUUGAUGACGAGAGCUAUUGGCCACUAUUGCCUCCUUUGCCAUCAUAUGGUUAUGGAAGAGAACGUCGUGGGCCACGCUAUGGAAGUUUAAUCCAUGGGCAAAAUCUUAAGGAUGUCGUCAUAACAGGCCAUAAUGGUACCAUUGACGGGCAAGGCCGAUCGUGGUGGGAGAAAUACCGCAGAAAGCUUUUGAAUCACACAAGGGGCCCACUUCUUCAACUUCUGUGGUCGAAAGACAUUCACAUUUCUGAUGUUACAUUCCGUGAUUCUCCAUUCUGGACUAUCCACCCUUACGACUGCCAAAAUGUUAUUAUCAGAAAUGUAACUAUUUUGGCUCCAUUGUCUGAUGCCCCAAACACUGAUGGAAUAGACCCUGAUUCGUGCGAGAAUAUGGUGAUAGAGGAUUGUUAUAUAAGUGUGGGGGAUGAUGGAGUUGCAAUCAAUAGUGGCUGGGAUCAGUAUGGAAUUGCAUAUUCCCGGCCUUCUUCCAACAUCACUAUCCGUAACCUCAUAGUCCGCUCAAUGAUUAGUGCAGGAGUAUCAAUUGGAAGUGAAAUGUCUGGUGGAGUGUCAAAUAUAGUAGUGGAGAAUCUCCUUGUAUGGAACUCAAAAAGAGGUAUAAGAAUUAAAACUAGCCCGGGUAGGGGUGGUCAUAUUCGACAUGUAAGCUACCGCAACCUGACACUAGAGAACGUUCGUGUGGGCAUUGUAAUUAAGACUGAUUACAAUGAGCAUCCUGAUGAAGGUUAUGAUCCAAAAGCCCUUCCAGUUAUUGAGGAUAUAAGCUUUACUGGUAUUCGUGGACAAGGAGUUCGAAUACCAGCACGUAUUUAUGGAAGCCCUGAGAUUCCUGUUCAGAAUAUUACUUUUCAGGACAUGUCCGUUGGAAUAACAUACAAGAAGAAGCAUAUCUUCCAAUGUUCUUUUGUUCAAGGACGUGUUAUUGGAAGAAUCUUCCCUGCCCCAUGUGAGAAUCUUGAUUUAUAUGAUGAUGGAGGAAAACUACUUAGGCGAGCAACAACACAGGAUACGAAGGACUUGGAUUAUGAUGGUUGAGACGAAAGGUGCUUUAUUCCUUAAAUGAAAAUGUUGGUACAACAGAUGGCUCGUUGCCGGCAACAUUUGAUCUUCUUGAUCCAUCGAAUCCACAGUCUAAUGCUGGGAGGUUAGAGCAUGUUCUAAAGUGUUUGCAGUUGUUACAUAGAUUUGCAAGAAUGAAAGGAGUACAUGGAUGGAGUACCCACUCGGGGAGCUUUUAAUAGGCAAACAUUGCCUCAAUCUCCCCGGAGAGGGUACUAGUUUGGUUGCGAGGCUGCGACCAGGAACAGAAGCUCCAGUGCCCACAGUAAUACCCAGGCUGGUUGGACAUCUGCCAUUAAUACAAGGGCACAAAAUUCGUCAUGGUUUAUUGCAAAAGAUGAAGCUGGAUGUCAAUUCUUGGAGAAAUCGCACAGGCCUGGAGAGUGGGGACAUCAAGGGACAUGCUCCACAUCUCAUUCAUAUUUUUUAUAUUUUAUUUUGUUUAAUCUUCUGGUUCGAUAUGUCGGAAAAAGGUAUCGAAUUGUGGAAAAACUGGUGUAGGUGGUCUUUGUAUAUUUACUUCAGUUCCAUAAAAAUAUGAGAGAACACAUUCAUACAUUAACGGAUGCAAUAUCUUAUUCAUCCCCCAGGUUAUACAGCACCGUUGACACA